AUGAGCAAGUUCGGCACCAUGGUCAUGGGGCCCGCAGGCGCGGGAAAGUCCACGUUCUGCGCCGCCCUCAUCACCCAUCUCAACCUCAACCGCCGCUCCUCCUUCUACGUCAACCUCGACCCGGCCGCCGAGUCCUUUGAGCACCAGCCUGAUCUCGACAUCAAGGACCUCAUCUCCCUGCACGACGCGAUGGAAGAGGUCGGCCUCGGGCCGAACGGCGGCCUGAUCUACUGCUUCGAGUUCCUCAUGGAGAACCUCGACUGGCUGACGGAGAGCCUAGACGGGCUGACAGAGGACUACCUCAUCAUCUUCGACAUGCCCGGCCAGAUCGAGCUCUACACCCACAUCCCCAUCCUGCCGACCCUCAUGCGCUUCCUGAGCCAACCGGGCAGCCUGGACGUGCGCAUGGCGGCCGUGUACCUCCUCGAGGCGACCUUUGUCGUCGACAGGGCCAAGUUCUUCGCCGGCACCCUGAGCGCCAUGAGCGCCAUGCUCAUGCUCGAGGUGCCCCACAUCAACGUCCUGAGCAAGAUGGACCUCGUCAAGGGGCAGGUCAAGAAGAAGGACAUGAAAAAGUUCCUCACGCCCGACACGGCGCUCAUCGACGACGACCCCGUCGAGCACGAGCGCAGGCUCCGCGCGGGCGAGGAGGACGCCGACGACGAGUUCAAGCGACCCGACGACAAGGACCAGGUCAUGAAGGGCACGUCCUUCCGGAAGUUGAACCGCGCCGUGGCCGGGUUGAUUGAGAACUUUAGCAUGGUGAAUUACCUCAAACUGGAUGUGACCAACGAGGACAGCGUGGCGGCCAUCUUGAGCUACAUCGAUGACUGCAUCCAGUUCCACGAGGCGCAGGAUCCAAAGGAGCCCAAGGACGAGGACUUUGAGGAGGGGGAUGAGGAGUAG